AUGGGCUUAAGGGGUAGGAGACACCGCUCGAAAUCUGGUGAAAAGAAAGAUAAAUACAGAGAAUAUAGUGUCUACGCCAGCGAGUGUAUGCUUCUACCUGGCUACAUAGAGCAAUCAAUCACACUCGAUGAGGGUACCAAUGAAACGGGUAGGGACAUUUGGAAACGCUCGAUCAGAUUCGAAGUAGAUCCGAAAUCAGUCCAGAGAGACAGUGAACAUGGGCAUACUUACCGUGGUUACUCACAAUCACAUCGACUGGGCAAAACAGCACCAGGAGAGUUGAAGUCUUUCAAGGGAAUCGUUAGGAGUAUACACGACAAAAUGAAGGAAGCGAUAAAAAAUGGUCACCGCUUCGGAAAGCUUGAGUACAUAAGUGCUGUCCUCGAAAAAGCACUCAGGAAGGGAAGUUUGCUUGUUCAUCAAUCUAAAUUGGAAGUUCUCGAGAACCCAUCUGGCCGCCGAACCUGGCAGGCUCAAUUCAUAAGACUUGGAGCCAGAGACACGGAGAGAAAGAUAACGAAACGUGAGAAGAAGCACGAAAAACGAGAAGUUAGAAGAGAUGAAAGACUAGAUCGGAUUAACAACUCUAGGGUUGCGAGAGGAUUGGGAGUACAGCUAAGCAAUAACGAGAAGAGGAGUCGAAAGCGGCACGAUCGGAUGAGACGCCCUUCACGGAGUGAUGCUGAGUCUACGGGGUCGUGGGAAACUGGUUCAAGUGCUGACUCUUAUUAUUCAGACCCUUCUCAUGGAAGGCGGCGCCGCAGUUCAUCUCGUCACUACGAUGGCUAUACUAGUGGAUAUGACGAAGACGACUCUUCAGAUGACGAAUCUGAUACCAGAUCGUAUGCAUCUUCGGGGGUUUCGAAACCAAGCCGCUCCUCAAGCUAUGGUUCCAGAAGCUCUGUCGCUUCGGGAUCUGGUCGGUCAGACUCAGAAUACGAGUCAAGACAUAGAAGUGGUCGUUACAACAAUUAUCCGUAUGAUGAUAGAGCGAAUAAUCCAUAUGCUUAUAGAUCGGAUGAUCCAUAUGCUUAUAGGGCGAAUGAUCCAUAUGCUUACAGGGCGAAUGAUUCAUAUGCUUAUAGAGCGGAUGAUCCGUAUAGAAGCUCGUGA